UGUCAGGGGAACCCCCUCUUCUGAUCGAUCAGCUUGGGAUCUGGCAUGUGAUCGCGCUUGCGUGACCUGUCAGCUGUCACGCGCCGCGGCCCGGACUGCCGCGCCAAGCGCUUCUCUCUGAUGGGCACAUGGUCAGGUGUCCCAUCGUCCCCACUAUCUCAGUUUCCUAUUGUUCUCCAAACGGCCAUUGUACUUAUUGUUCCCAUUGUUCUUUGUUUGUCGCUGCGCGCUCUAUUGUUCUUGUAUCAUAUAAAUAGUGGCGCCUGGCAAGGAGAAUCCCCAACACGGUUUCUCUUUGGAUUCUCC